GUUGGGCGGUUGCCAAAUUUCGAAAAAUCAUUUUUAAAUUUUAAUCAGUUUAUAUUCAGAAAUGGUUAAAAAAUCCGCUUUUUAUUCCCUUUUUAUUUCUGCCGUAAAUUCCCUACCGGAAAUCCGGGAUCCGGAAGUUCCCUUUCUCUCGUUAAUCCCUUUUCUGGCAGUUUUUAAUAUGGCAAGAGCAUUUAAUCUAACAGCGUGUGAAAAUACCCGGCCGCUUCUGAAAAUGCAGUUCCCGGCGGACGUCAGUUACCGGUUAUUCUGGACCGCUCCCGUCGACAACGGAAGUCCCAUUUUCCGUUACAAAAUUCUAUACUACCCCGUAUCUUCUCCCGUAGAGCGGAAUGAAUUAUUCACGCAAGGCUCGGCCACCUCCGUGACCUUAACCGGCCUCCUCCCGGAGACCCAUUACACGGUGGAAAUAACCGCGGAAAACGCUUUUGGAUCGAGUCCUGCGUCGACCUACACCGUGUUCACCGGUAGUCGACUGACCCCGACGUUUCCCUUGGCGCGUAUCUGCAACGUCGCGGUCCUCGACCAGACCGCCACCUCCGUGACCUUUGACUUCCGGUGGUGUGAUCCGCUGAUUGAGACCACCAGCAUCGAGGGCCGCUUCACCAGUCAAGCCAAUUCCAGUCAAACGUUCAAUAAAACGUGGUCGGCCAAUCACCCGCCGUUCGUUUUAACGGGCCUCCAGCCGGGCGGCAGCUACACCUUCAAACUGCGGGUACGCAACCGGCACGGGGAGGGCGCGGUACACAGCGGGAUCCGCAGUAUCUCCCAGCCGCCGGCCGGCCCCCCGCGGGCGCCGGUGCUGUUAGGACCGCGGAAUUACUACCGGCUGCAGUGGAGGCCCUCCGUCCGGGCGGCGGGGGCGGAGUACGGGGUGGAGUGCGCCGGGGGCGAGGGAGCGGGGCGGGGGACGUAUGCCGGGGUGCGGGAGUACUGGGACUGGAAUGGUGCGGUGCCGAAUGCGACGUAUAACGUCGUGGUGACGGCCAAACAGGGGAAUGCGUCCACCGGAAGUGGGUGUGUCGCCGUGCAGAAUUUCACGGUGCUGACGGGAUACCAUGUUCCGGUGGUUGUUCCUUGA